AUGUACCAAAGCGAUGUUAACACCGCUGUAGGUCGUGGGGUGAUGCCGAGCGUCAAGCUGGCGCUGGAUCACGUCAACGAGCACGACUCCGUACUCCGCAACUAUCGCCUGCACAUGUGGUGGAACGACACUGAGUGCAACGCAGCUGUAGGCGUGAAGUCUUUCUUCGACAUGAUGCACAGUGGACCACACAAGUUGAUGUUGUUCGGCGCCGCCUGCACACACGUCACCGAUCCUAUCGCGAAGGCAUCCAAACACUGGCACCUUACUCAGCUGUCAUAUGCCGACACCCAUCCGAUGUUCACCAAGGAAGCGUUUCCAAAUUUCUUCCGUAUCGUGCCUUCGGAGAACGCUUUCAAUUUGCCCAGAAUCAGAGUGCUGCAGCACUUUAACUGGACAAGAGUGGGAACCAUCUACCAGAACGAACCGAGAUAUGCUUUGGCUCAUAAUCGUCUGCUGGCAGACCUGGAUGUGCAUGGCUUCGAAAUAGACGAGACGCAGAGUUUUGCGACAGAAGUCAGAAGUGCGCUGGCCAAACUUAAGGAGAAAGACAUUCGGAUUAUCCUCGGAAACUUUAACGAGACUUGGGCAAUGAGGAUAUUCUGCGAGGCUUACAAGCUGGAGAUGUACGGGCGCGCGUACACGUGGCUGCUACUGGGCACGUACAGCGAACGCUGGUGGCUGCGGAGCGCGCCGUGCGCCCGCCGCGACCUUACCGCCGCACUCGACACCGCUAUCCUCACCGACUUGCUGCCGCUUUCCACCACCGGCGAGACCACCGUCUCCGGCAUCACCGCGAAAGAUUAUCAAGUGGAGUAUGAUCGCAGAAGAGGUAUCGAGUACUCAAGAUUCCACGGAUAUACUUACGACGGUAUAUGGGCGAUGGCUUUAGCAAUCCAGACGGUAGCGCAACGUGUCAAGUUGAAAUACAAGGAGAGGACUGUGCAGGACUUCCGGUAUCGUGACAAAGAGUGGGAGCAGCUGUUUCUGGAUGCACUCAGCAACGUCACAUUUGAAGGAGUCACUGGUCCAGUGAGAUUCUAUGACAAUGAGCGUAAGGCGUCCAUCCUCCUGAAACAGUUCCAAGGGGACCAGGUCGGCGAAGUGAAGGUAGGCGAGUAUUGUGCUGAGAGGGAUCACUUGGAUUUGAGAAGUUGGAAACCGUUCAAGUGGAUUGGCAAAAAUCCGCCGAAAGAUCGUACAUUACGACUCAUCGAGCACACUCAAGUUAACAUCACCAUCUAUGCGGUUCUCGUGUCCUGCUCGGUGUUGGGAAUUCUUCUAGCCACUGGAUUUCUUGCAAUGAACAUCCAUUAUAGGAACCAAAGGUACAUAAAAAUGUCUUCACCACAUCUGAACAAUCUGAUCAUUGUAGGCUGCAUGCUUACCUACAUGAGCGUUAUCUUCCUCGGCUUAGACUCCAGCCUCAGCAGUAUUGCCGCGUUCCCAUAUAUCUGCACGGCCAGGGCCUGGCUUUUGAUGGCUGGCUUCAGUUUGGCGUUCGGCGCCAUGUUCUCCAAGACUUGGCGCGUGCAUUCAAUCUUUACUGACGUGAAGCUCAAUAAAAAGGUCAUAAAAGACUAUCAGCUUUUUAUGGUAGUGGGAGUUUUGCUAUGCAUCGACCUGGCCAUCAUGACCACCUGGCAAAUAUCCGAUCCAUUUUACAGAGCAACAAAACAGAUGGAGCCUUACCCUCACCCCUCAAGUGAAGACAUCGUCAUAGUACAGGAGAAUGAAUACUGCCAGUCCGAGAGGAUGACUAUUUUCGUCGGCGUUAUAUAUGUAUACAAGGGAUUGUUAUUGGUUUUUGGGGCGUUCCUCGCGUGGGAGACGCGUCACGUUUCCAUUCCCGCACUGAACGACUCCAAGCAUAUCGGUCUGUCGGUGUACAACGUCCUCAUCAUGUGCAUAAUGGGCGCUCCUAUAGCCCUCGUAUUAGCAGAUCACAAGGACGCUUUGUUCGUUCUCAUAGCUAUUUUCAUAAUUUUCUGUACAACGGCAACCCUGUGCUUGGUUUUCGUGCCUAAGUUGCUGGAGCUGCGGCGCAACGGCCAGCCGGGUGCUGCGGGCUCGCGUAUCCGCGCCACGCUGCGGCCGAGCGCCACGCACGAGUGCCGCUCGCCGGGUCCCGAGCUGGAGCGCCGCCUCAAGGAGCUGCGCCACUACAACAACCGCUACCGCCGCACGCUGCAGGCCAAGGAGAACGAGCUGCAGAUGCUGCUGAGCAAGUUGGGCAGCGAUGCGAGCUCGGAAUCGUCUGCGCGCGAGUCGCGCUCGCCCGCGCCGCGCACCCGACUGCCCACGCGCGACACCUACAGCCACCCCGAAACGAGUGACAUCACUUCAAUGUGCAGCCUCAGCGCGUCGGCCGGCGCUGAGUCAGAAUUCACAAAUCCUCAGACUCAGAACAACAUUGAGAAACCAAAACCCUCCGCCCCGCCGGAGCCAGUGAAGGAAGUCACUAUUAAAGAGCCAAGAAAGGAACAGACGAAGAACGUGUCAUUUAAGAAUCAUUUGGACUACACCAGCCCGCCCUCGUCUAAAGCUGUACCUGAGAAAGACCAGCUCGCAAAACUACCCUAUGGGUGGUCCACCGAAGAGUCCCCGGAGCCCCCAAAACCAAUAACGAAACCCACGGAAGCUGUUAAAGCAGAAGCAAAGACAGUGCCAGCCUUGAAGUCGAGCGACAUGCCGACCGUGAAGUCCGUACCAGCGAAGAUACAGGAGCCCUUGUAUACUAAAGCAGCUACGCCGAAAGUUGUUAAGAGUCCGGAAGCUCAGAAGAAGGUGGUAGAGUUGGUGAAUGGGAGAGCGGGUCGCGAGCCGCGCACACGCCACCGCCGCAUGUCGAGCGGCGCCGCGCUGCGCGCAGACCUCAUGCACCUCGCCGUCGACCGCGACGAGCCCACUACCACUGCUGCCAGUACCGUCACCACCGCCACCACCGUCACCGCCGAGCCACCGGGGCACGAAAAGGACCCCCCAAUACCACCGAAGCCUAAACAAGAACUUGAAGAUAUUCUAGAUAUAGAUCACGACAUGUCUUCAAUGGAGAGAAGAAAAUCCUGUCAAAGAAAAGAUUCAGAGAAGAGGAAAAAAGAGAACUUUAUCGUUGUACAGAGCGACCUGUGGGACACGAACACUUUCCAGUACACUUGUCAAAAAUCCCCUACAGGUCACGCUCACUCUCCCAUGCAGAGAAGUGUUUCAGAGAAAAGUCGCCAGCAGUCUUCGCCACAUCAUCACAGGGAAGCAGACCCAACGAGUACUGAAAGAAGGGCCUCGAAUAGUUCAAUUAACCACACUGGUACAGUAAGAGGCGCCACUCCAGAAGGUUACCGGGAAGCAGAUACAUUAAGAAUGUCCGACAGAUUAUCCAAGCGUCGCGGUUCUGAGUUUCCACAGCCAGUAAGCACACCUCCGCAUCAGAUCAAAACCAAAAGGAGACAGUCUGCAGCUUAUAUGAGGUCAUACCAAGAAGAUAAAAUAGAAAAACCUGAGGGCCCACCUCGCAGACACGACGAUAUUCCCAGGAAGCAUACUCCAGAGCCGAAACAGGAACCAGAGCCAUGGAAACCCGAUCCUGAUACAAUUAGAGUGUGCAAGGGUCAAGAAUCACCAGCGAAAAGACUAAAACAAGAAGCAGAACCACUAAAGAGGGCGAAGGGAGUCGGAGAUUCUCCUAAGUUAACACAGGCCGCACAUCAGACUAGACCUGACCAUCAUAAGAGUAGUCCAAAUGUGGCGUCCAGACAUAAAAUAGAGUCAUCUGCCAAUAAAGAAGAGCGUAAGUCAGCAACAUACGGCAGAGGCGACUCGAAGCGUCAAGAAUCUGUGGAGCAACGUAAAAUGUACACUGCCAGUUCCGAAUCCGAAUUAUUUGAGUGCGCGAUACUGCCGAUAUUCCAAAAACUUCUAACAGAGAGACAUAAAAGUCAGCCGCACGGCCUUAACUUGAGCUACGGUGUCAGUUGUCCGAAUAUUUCAAUUAAAUGUGACAUAGUUGAGUAUUUGUAA